AUGCCCGAGGCCAAGCUUAACGAUAACGUCAAUGACGUUACCAGCUACUCCUCCGCGUCUUCUUCUACUGAAAACGCUGCUGAUCUACACAAUUACAACGGAUUCGAUGGGCAUACAGAGGCUCGUAUCAAGAAACUAGCAAGAACUCUAACCGCACAGAGUGUGCAGAACUCUACCCAAUCUGCGCCCAAUAAAGAUGAUGCUCAAUCCAUCUUUUCCAGUGGUGUGGACGGUGUCAACCCGAUCUUCUCCGACCCUGAAGCUCCAGGCUAUGACCCAAAAUUGGACCCUAACUCCGACAACUUCUCUAGUGCCGCCUGGGUUAAGAAUAUGGCUCACCUAAGUGCAGCAGACCCAGACUUUUAUAAGCCUUAUUCCUUAGGUUGCGCUUGGAAGAACUUAAGCGCUUCUGGUGCUUCCGCCGAUGUGGCCUAUCAGUCCACUGUGGUUAAUAUUCCCUACAAGCUGCUAAAAAGUGGAUUGAGGAAGUUUCAAAGUUCCAAUGAUGAUAACACUUUCCAAAUUUUGAAACCCAUGGAUGGUUGCCUGAACCCAGGUGAAUUACUAGUCGUUUUAGGUAGACCAGGCUCCGGUUGUACCACUUUAUUGAAAUCCAUCUCUUCAAACACUCAUGGUUUUGAUCUUGGUGCUGACACUAAAAUCUCUUACAGCGGCUACUCAGGUGAUGAUAUUAAAAAGCAUUUCCGUGGUGAAGUCGUUUAUAACGCAGAAGCCGAUGUUCACCUACCUCAUUUAACAGUCUUCGAAACUUUAGUUACAGUGGCGAGACUGAAAACCCCACAGAACCGUAUCAAGGGUGUAGAUAGAGAAAGUUAUGCGAACCAUUUGGCUGAAGUCGCAAUGGCUACGUACGGUUUAUCGCACACAAGGAAUACAAAGGUCGGUAAUGACAUCGUUAGAGGUGUCUCAGGUGGUGAAAGAAAGCGUGUCUCCAUCGCUGAAGUCUCCAUCUGUGGAUCCAAAUUUCAAUGCUGGGAUAAUGCUACAAGAGGUUUGGAUUCCGCUACCGCUUUGGAAUUUAUUCGUGCCUUAAAGACUCAGGCUGAUAUUUCCAAUACAUCUGCCACGGUGGCCAUCUAUCAAUGUUCUCAAGAUGCUUAUGAUUUGUUCAAUAAAGUGUGUGUCUUGGAUGAUGGUUAUCAGAUCUAUUAUGGCCCUGCUGAUAAGGCCAAGAAGUACUUUGAGGAUAUGGGGUAUGUGUGUCCAAGCAGACAAACCACUGCUGAUUUUUUGACUUCCGUUACAAGUCCCUCGGAGAGAACCUUGAACAAAGACAUGCUAAAAAGAGGAAUUCAUAUACCACAGACUCCAAAGGAAAUGAACGAUUAUUGGAUAAAAUCCCAAAAUUAUAAAGAAUUAAUGAAAGAAGUCGACCAACGCUUAUCAAAUGACGACGAAGCCACCCGGGAAGCCAUCAGGGAAGCCCAUAUUGCAAAACAGUCAAAGAGAGCGAGACCUUCUUCUCCUUAUACCGUCAGCUACAUGAUGCAAGUUAAAUACUUAUUGAUCAGAAAUAUGUGGAGACUGCGAAAUAAUAUCGGGUUUACAUUAUUUAUGGUUCUGGGUAAUGCGAGUAUGGCUUUGAUCUUAGGUUCAAUGUUUUAUAAGGUCAUGAAAAAGGGUGACACUUCUACAUUUUAUUUCCGUGGGGCUGCCAUGUUUUUUGCUAUCCUAUUCAAUGCGUUCUCUUCUCUAUUAGAAAUUUUUUCCUUAUAUGAAGCUAGACCAAUUACUGAAAAACAUAGAACAUAUUCGUUAUAUCAUCCAAGUGCUGAUGCGUUUGCAUCAGUUCUAUCAGAAAUACCUUCGAAAUUAACCAUCGCUGUUUGUUUCAAUAUCAUUUUCUAUUUCUUAGUAGACUUUAGAAGAAAUGGUGGUGUAUUCUUUUUCUAUCUAUUAAUCAACAUUGUCGCCGUUUUCUCCAUGUCUCACUUGUUUAGAUGUGUUGGUUCAUUAACAAAGACAUUGUCAGAGGCUAUGGUACCGGCUUCUAUGUUAUUGUUGGCUCUAUCCAUGUAUACCGGUUUUGCUAUUCCUAAGAAGAAGAUUUUACGUUGGUCUAAAUGGAUUUGGUACAUUAAUCCAUUGGCUUACUUAUUCGAAUCUUUAUUAGUUAACGAGUUUCAUGGUAUAAAAUUCCCAUGCGCUGAAUACGUUCCUCGUGGCCCUGCGUAUGCUAACGUAACCAAUACCGAAUCUGUUUGUACUGUCGUUGGUGCCGUUCCCGGCCAAGAUUAUGUUCUGGGUGAUGAUUUCAUUAAGGGAACCUAUCAAUAUUAUCACAAAGACAAAUGGCGUGGUUUUGGUAUAGGUAUGGCUUAUGUUGUUUUCUUCUUCUUUGUUUAUCUAUUCUUAUGUGAAUACAAUGAGGGUGCCAAACAAAAUGGUGAAAUCUUAGUUUUUCCACGUAGUAUAGUUAAAAGAAUGAAGAAAAGAGGUGAAUUAACUGAGAAGAAUGCAAACGACCCUGAAAACGUUGGCGAACGUAGUGACUUAUCCAGCGAUAGGAAACUGAUACAAGAAAGCUCCGAAGAGGAAUCUGAUACAUACGGAGAGGUUGGUUUAUCCAAGUCUGAGGCCAUAUUCCACUGGAGAAACUUGUGUUACGAAGUCCAAAUCAAGGCUGAAACAAGACGUAUAUUGAACAAUGUUGAUGGCUGGGUUAAACCAGGUACUUUAACGGCCUUAAUGGGUGCUUCUGGUGCUGGUAAAACUACAUUGUUGGAUUGUUUGGCAGAAAGAGUUACCAUGGGUGUUAUAACAGGUGAUAUCUUAGUUAACGGUAUUCCUCGUGAUACAUCUUUCCCAAGAUCUAUUGGUUAUUGUCAGCAACAAGAUUUGCACUUGAAAACUGCCACUGUUAGGGAGUCAUUGAGAUUUUCCGCAUAUUUACGUCAACCUGCUGAAGUUUCCAUCGAAGAAAAGAAUAGAUAUGUUGAAGAUGUUAUCAAAAUUCUUGAAAUGGAAAAAUAUGCUGAUGCAGUCGUUGGUGUUGCAGGUGAAGGUUUAAACGUUGAACAAAGAAAGAGGUUAACUAUUGGUGUUGAAUUAACUGCCAAACCAAAGCUGUUAGUCUUUUUAGAUGAACCUACCUCUGGUUUGGAUUCUCAGACUGCUUGGUCUAUUUGUCAACUAAUGAAAAAGUUGGCAAAUCAUGGUCAAGCAAUUCUAUGUACUAUCCAUCAGCCCUCCGCUAUUUUGAUGCAGGAAUUUGACCGUUUACUAUUUAUGCAACGUGGUGGUAAAACCGUCUACUUUGGCGACUUAGGAGAAGGUUGUAAAACUAUGAUCAAUUAUUUUGAAAGUCACGGCGCCCAUGAAUGUCCUGCCGAUGCCAAUCCAGCUGAGUGGAUGCUGGAAGUUGUCGGUGCAGCGCCCGGUUCUCAUGCAAAUCAAGAUUAUCACGAAGUUUGGAGGAGUUCUGAAGAAUACAGGGCCGUUCAAUCCGAAUUAGAUUGGAUGGAGAAAGAGCUACCAAAGAAAGGCUCCUUGACUGCCGCUGAAGACCAGCACGAAUUUUCUCAAUCAGUUAUUUUUCAAACAAAAUUGGUUAGCACUCGUUUAUUCCAACAAUACUGGAGGUCUCCCGAUUACUUAUGGUCCAAAUUCAUUUUAACUAUUUUCAAUCAAUUGUUCAUUGGUUUCACUUUCUUCAAGGCAGGAACUUCAUUGCAAGGUUUACAAAAUCAAAUGUUGGCAGUGUUCAUGUUUACGGUUAUUUUCAAUCCUAUUUUACAACAAUACCUACCUUCUUUUGUUCAGCAAAGAGAUUUGUAUGAGGCCAGAGAACGCCCUUCAAGAACUUUUUCUUGGAUUUCAUUUAUUUUUGCUCAAAUAAUUGUCGAGGUUCCAUGGAAUAUAUUGGCAGGUACUAUUGCUUAUUUCAUCUACUACUAUCCAAUCGGGUUUUACUCCAACGCCUCUGCCGCUGGACAAUUGCAUGAAAGAGGUGCCUUGUUUUGGUUAUUCUCUUGUGCGUUCUACGUUUACGUUGGCUCAAUGGGUCUACUUGUCAUCUCUUUCAACCAAGUUGCGGAGAGUGCUGCAAACUUAGCCUCUUUAUUGUUUACUAUGUCUUUGUCAUUUUGUGGUGUUAUGACCACCCCUAGUGCCAUGCCUAGAUUUUGGAUAUUUAUGUACAGAGUGUCACCUCUGACUUACUUCAUACAAGCUUUGCUGGCUGUUGGUGUUGCUAACGUAGACGUCAAGUGUGCUGAUUACGAGUUACUACAAUUCACACCACCAUCUGGUAUGACAUGUGGGCAAUACAUGGAACCAUAUUUACAAUUGGCGAAGACUGGUUAUUUGGCUGAUGAAGGUGCAACUGACACUUGCAGUUUCUGUCAAAUCUCCACUACAAACGAUUACUUAGCUAGUGUCAACUCUUACUACAGUGAAAGAUGGAGAAAUUAUGGUAUCUUCAUUUGUUACAUUGCAUUCAAUUAUAUCGCUGGUAUAUUUUUCUACUGGCUAGCAAGAGUGCCAAAGAAGAACGGUAAACUCUCCAAGAAAUGA